AAGAUUUUGUGUUUCAAGGCAAGUUUCUUGGCUUACGUUUGGCUCAUAGCCAAUGUUUUAAAGUUAUUUUUAACCGGCUGCGCUGUUCGAGAACGAGUUUUAAGUAGUAGGAGAACUUCAUGCGGCUCAUUGACUCAUUCUUUCGUAUCUUCCGUUAAUUGUAUCUUAAUUUCUCGCGGGCAAUGGAUUUCGUAAAUUGUUCAGCAAAACGUUCUUCAAAAAGUUGUUGCGGUCGCGAGACUGCAGUGAACAGUGAGCUCGGAAGCUGCGAUCAUAUUUAUGCAAAUUUGGUCGAAUGUAAGAACAAAGGUGUAAAUACUGAAAAUUUCAUUCACGUCGAACCAAUAACAGUAGCAUCUACGAACAAACGUAAUGAAGAUUCCCGAAAAAGGCGUGUUUUUUGGUCCAAUUCGAAUGUCUUUCCAUCCCAGCCUUCCCCCGUUUUCAUUCGCAGCAAAAUGGGUAACGAAGUUGAAGACCCGAGAGAAACGAUACAUUCUUUAUACAGAUUACCGUACAAUGCGGACUUCCAAUGUCCCAGAUGUGGGCAGAGAAUGGAAGAACCGAGACUCCUUCCUUGCUUACAUCCUAUAUGUUUAGCUUGCGUUUACGAAUUAAUGAGCAAACUUCCGAAUGUGCCUUCGAAGAGCGAAAUACAUAACAAUAAUCGAGUUUACGCAGAACCCGACAUUUAUGAAACGUGUCCAUUAUGCGACUCACAUUUGCCAAAUGCUAAUUCUGCCAUACCGCCGCCACACUAUCCUUUGCAACAUCGUUCGGUCAUGGACACAGUGCGACGUAAACUGGUCAAUAGAGUACUUUGCGACACCUGCACAAGCGAAGUUCCGGCACUCAUACAAUGUUCAACGUGUUUGCGUAAUUUUUGCUCGGAGUGCGGCAGGCAACAUGAACAACAAAAUAUUACAGAAGUGAGAACAAUUAAACAUUUAAUGAGGCCACUGUGGGAGGCUACUAAAGUACGACGAACGAUUUUAUGCCAAAUACAUCCGACGCAUGCUUUAAGAUUUUAUUGUAUUGCGUGUCAGCAGGUAACAUGCAAAGAAUGUAUGUGGAGUAUGCAACAUAGAGGUCAUGCUAGCGAAGAUGCAAUUGGAGUGGGAAAAAGAGCUGGUACAUAUUUAGAAAUGAUGUUGCAGAAAGCCAGAGUAUAUCUAAAUAAUUUAUUGAUUCAAUAUAACCAUGAUGUAUUUUCAACUAACGAUCUUGAAGAAACACACAAUAUAGCCAAGAUUUGCAGGUAUGUAUCCAACUAUAGCAUUAUAUUAUAAAACGGGAAAUUAUAUAAAUUACAUUACGCAAAUGCGUAAUAAAACUUGCUAUAUAAUGUUUAAGAAUUUGUUAAUUUUAAUUAUAUAAUAAAAAUGCAUUUCGAUGUAUAAAACUGUGCAAAAACAAAAUUCUUAGUAGCACAUCCUAUUGUGAUACAAUUGUCAUGUGAUUAAUAAGGAAAGAGUAAAAGAAAAGUUGUCAUUUGAGGUACGCAUUACCAAAAUAUACAUUCCAAAACUUUGAUGCAUAGACUGACUAGAAUUAUUAAAAUUAUUGUACAAUUUGAAUAUAUUUUAUUAAUGUAAUAUUAAGCAAGAACGAGUUAUAUUGCGACUGAUGAUUUCAAACGUGUUAUGUCUAAGUUUAGUUAAAUAUAUUGCAAACAUUUGUAAUUAAUAAAUGAUAAAUGAAAAGUG